CGGAGAGAGAAGGGGGAGGACUACGGAUGUCACCGGACAGGACUGCGGGGUAAGCAGAGAGUGGAGGGGCUGAAUCUUCCUCCUCGGGUCGGCCGGUGGGAGGAGGUGGUGAACCGUGUUAAGGCAGCUUGAAUCCUCCGAGGUGGAGGUGUACGGGGGUGUUGGAGCCCGACCCGGUUGUUGCUGCUGCUGCUGCUGUUAAUCUGAGACAACAUGGAGUUGGAGAACAUCGUGGCCAACACGGUGCUACUGAAAGCUCGGGAAGGGGGCUGUGGAAACAGAAAAGGCAAGAGUAAAAAAUGGAAGCAGAUGCUGCAUUUCCCCCACAUCAGUUUGUGCGAAGAGCUGCGGCAAUCCACUGAGAAAGACUACAGCAGCCUAUGUGAGCGCCAACCCAUCGGACGUUUACUCUUUCGGGAGUUUUGUGAGACUCGACCCGAGCUGAGGCGCUGCGUCAAGUUUCUGGACGCCACGGCCGAGUACGAGGUGACGCCAGAUGAGAAGAGGAAGGAGUGCGGAGAAGAACUAAUUGACGUAUUCUUCAAUCCAAAGAGUGAGGACCACUUGCCGGAGGUGGAGGAGGCCAUGAAGGCUCAGUGCGCCGAGCGGCUGCAGCAAGAGGCAUGCAAAGAGCUCUUCAAGGACUGUACCAAAUUGAUCCAUGACUUCCUGAGUGUUGCGCCCUUUGCGGACUACCUCGACAGCAUGUACUACAAUAGGUUCCUGCAGUGGAAAUGGCUGGAGAGGCAACCAGUAACAAAGAAUACAUUCAGACAGUACAGAGUUUUAGGGAAAGGGGGAUUUGGAGAGGUGUGUGCGUGUCAGGUACGGGCCACGGGGAAAAUGUACGCCUGUAAGAAGCUGGAGAAAAAGAGGAUCAAGAAGCGUAAAGGAGAGUCCAUGGCGCUCAACGAGAAGCAGAUUCUGGAGAAAGUCAACAGCCGAUUUGUUGUAAGCUUAGCGUACGCAUACGAGACCAAAGACACUCUUUGUCUCGUGUUGACGCUCAUGAACGGAGGUGACCUCAAGUUUCACAUCUAUCACAUGGGCGAGGCAGGCUUUGACGAGAAGAGAGCCGUUUUUUACUCCGCUGAGAUCUGCUGUGGGUUGGAAGACCUGCACAGGGAACACAUCGUCUACAGAGAUCUCAAACCAGAAAACAUCCUGCUGGAUGACCACGGACACAUCAGGAUAUCAGACCUGGGUCUAGCCGUCCACGUACCAGAGGGCCAGACCAUCAAGGGCCGGGUGGGAACGGUCGGAUACAUGGCGCCGGAAGUAGUGAAGAAUGAAUCUUACACCUUCAGCCCCGACUGGUGGGCGCUGGGGUGCCUUCUGUACGAGAUGAUCGAGGGUCAGUCGCCCUUCCAGCAGAGGAAGAAGAAGAUCAAGCGUGAGGAAGUGGAGCGGCUGGUGAAGGAGGUGGAGGAAGAAUAUUCCAGCAAGUUCUCAGAGGAGGCCAAGUCCCUCUGUAAAGCGCUGUUAGCUAAAGACCCCAGAGUGAGAGUGGGCUGCCAGGGAGGCGGAGCCUCCGAGGUGAAAGCACAUCCCAUCUUUCAGUCCAUUAAUUUCAAUCGUCUGGAAGCAGGAAUGUUGCAAGCGCCAUUCAUUCCUGAUCCACAGGCCAUUUACUGCAAAGACGUGCUGGACAUCGAGCAGUUCUCCACCGUUAAAGGCGUGGAGCUAGAGCCAAAAGAUGAGUCCUUCUAUAGCAAAGUAUCCACAGGCAGCAUUUCCAUUCCCUGGCAGAACGAGAUGAUAGAAACAGAAUGUUUCGCCGAGCUCAACUUUUUCUACCCUGACGGGACGGUUCCCCCGGACCUGGAUUGGCGAGGACAGCCGUCCCCGCCCCCCAAGCAGGGACUCCUACAGCGGCUGUUUGGCAGACAGGACUGCUGUGGCAACUGCAGCGACAGUGACGAGGAGCCAACCAGGCUGUGACACACACACACAGACCACAGAUACCAUUCGUUUACAACUUUUUGCACAUUUAUAUAAAAAAAAAAGAUAGUCUAUCUCUAAAUGUCAGAAUGUAUUUUCAGCAUAGCCAUAAUGUUCCAAUGUUAUUUAAAAGAGUGUAAAAUAUCAGCCGAGACUCGUGGGAUUUAUUUUUCAUCCUCUCUCUCUGCUGGCUCCAACUGGAACAUUGGCUGGCCUGCUGUAAAAGUGCCUUGCCGAAGGGCACAGUGACAGUGCUUACUAGAAAGGGCGGAGCCUUCCCCGUUUUUUCUCCAGGGAAUAAAACUAGUGACUUUUUUUUUUUUUUAAACGUAACGCCUUCACUUCGCUCUGCUGUGACCAACCUUUGCUCUUUUUUGGCUAUUUUAUUUCUUCUAAUUAACUCUCUGUAAGUGUUUAAUGAAGCCAUCUGCAGGUGUCUUCAUAUAAAUAUAUAUAUUUUUUCUUUUUGUCAGUUUGAUGUAUACAAUGGGAUGCAACUGUACAUAUUGGCCUACUUUGGUUAAAAUAGGAACUAUUUGGACGGUGAGAAUGAAGACAUUGACGCCUCACUGUAUGACUUGCAAAGCAUUUUUGACAGCCAUAGUUCUGACAAAAAGCACAUUCUUUUUUUUUUUUCUUUUCUUCUGUUGUAAUCUUACAGGAAUAAAGUUAGAUUUUUAUUGAAAUCAAACCCCAAAUACCCCAAUGUACCAAAAUAAAGUAAAGAUUUAAAAAUGCAAUGUUACAAAAGUAAGCAUGUUAUAUCAUUAGUUGUAUUUUGUUGUAAUGCAUAGCCAUGUUUUUUUUUUGUUUUUUUUUCCAACCCAUCAAUUUUGGCUCAAUCGGGGGCUCUGUAGUAAUGAUCCAAAAUAUCCACUUAAAAGAUUUUUACAAUUUUUCCUCUGGAUUAUUUUAGCAUAAAAUGCACAUUAUUGUCCUAAUAUUGCAACUUUUUACUCAUAUUUUUACUUUAUUCAUGAAAAUUAUUUUUCCCCCUGUUUAAAUGAUUUUUUUUCUUGUAAUAUCACCAUUUUCUUGUAAUUAGUUUUGUUUACAUGACUCUUUGGCUUUCUUCUGGUAAUAGUAGAGGGUGUUUCGUAAAAUUUGAUAUCAUUCGAGAUGUAAAUAGGACAGUAACUACACAGCCAAGUUUAAUGAUACGAGACAGGGUUAAUGUUGUAACAAUGUAUGAUUUAUUCCUCCAAAUUUGAAUGAAAUUUUUCACAUAUGUUGAAUAUGCCAACAAAGAAGGGCUUGAACUGGCUUUUGGAAUGAUAUCAUUUUUUUUAAAUACCCUCUAUUAUUAUUAGUAUUAUUACUUUUGUUCUAUUCAGUGUGGACAAGAUAUUAUGCUUGUAAGAUACCACUAUGCUGUAUAUGUUGCUGUCUGGUCAUAUGUAUUGUCGCCACUAGAGGGCGUCAGUGUGUUGAACAUAUCUGUCGGUAAUGUGUCAUUGUCAUGUUUCUCAGGAGGACAUUUACGUCUUUUAUCAUUCAAUGAUGACAUUGAAAAGUGAAAACACGUGUAUAAGCUAUAAGGUGUUUGGCUGUUGAUGCUACAGAAAAAUCCCCACAAAAUUGAAAGGCUCCGCUAAGUAUUCUAACCCUGGAUUCACACAGGGAAUGUCUACAAAGAGGAAAAUGGCUUCCUCAGUGACAAUGUUCCUUGAUUUGAAGCUGUUAAGACUGAAAUAGAUCUGAACACAAAGGAA